ACCUCCACAUGCAACACCCACGCUCAGCGCUGCAUCAAACCAACCCACACACCACACCCUCCCUUAAAAAGCACAUCUUCUUUGACAGCUUCACACACUCACGUCACAUUCGCUGAUUCAACCCCACCGGUCGCUGUCAUUGUCCGUCCGGAUAGUCUUGCGUAGCAAGCGAGCCGUCUUUGGCGAUCGAACUUUCUUGGCCGAGUCUCGAUCUGGCCGAGGUGUCGCCACGAUGCCGCAUGGACACGAUCACGGGCAUGGGCAUGGGCACGCUUGCGGUUGCGAGCACGAUGACGAUGAUCAUCUAAAGCAAGGAGAGGGUCAACAAGAUUCGCUCUUUCUCUCCAUCGACAUUCCCCGCGUGACGUGCCUCAACGAAGCUCGCCCGUCAUCUUGUCAGCGGAUCUUCAAGCCAUGGGAUAAGAGGAACGAAGAGUCCUUGGAGAGUUGUCUUGAGAGCGAUGCGGAUGACCAGAUCUUGCUGCGCAUCCCCUUCACUUCUAGCGUCAAACUCAGAGCUCUUUUGCUCAAAGCUGGACCGGCAGGUCAGACGCCUGCCAAGCUGCACUUGUAUUCCAACGCACCCGCCACCCUGGACUUCGACGAUGCCAAUGCAGGAGUGCCCAAGCCGACGCAGAGCAUCGAAAGUGUAGCCUUAGCUCGAGACGUUGUCGAGUAUCCCCUCAGAGCACCAAAGUUUCCUGCAGUUUCGGAGCUUUUGAUCUUUAUCCCUGCCGGCUCGGGAGACGAGACGGUGCGCAUCGACUACAUUGGAUUCCGAGGAGAGUCUCUCGGACCACGUGGAGAAGCUCCUACGAACAUAGUCUACGAGUCUGCCCCACAGGUCAAGGAUCACGCCAAGGCUGGUACGGAGAAUACCAAUAGGCUCGGGUGACGUGACAUCAAAGCUUGGAGCGUACCGCGCAGCGCGCAUUUUGUACCAACAUUACACGUCUCCGCUCUCAAUGAAGUCAUCGAUUGGUGUGAUCAAGCUUCAAUGAAGAAGGGAGCGAGUGCGGAGGAAUGUGAUAUGGUACAGAGAGAUGAGAGACGACAGAAAUGUCGAGCAG